UUAUGUGGUCUAUAUACUAAAGUGUGUAUGUGUGUGUGUGUGUGUGGUUUGGGACACAUACAUAGUGUAUUAAAUAUGUUAUUUAUGUGGCCUUUGCAGUAAAUAAAGUGUGUAGUUUGGCACAAAUCCAUAGUCGUUUAAUGGUGAUAUUUAUGUGCCCUUUGUAACGAUAAUGUGUGUGGUUUGGGACAUGUCCAUAGUGAAUAAUUUGUGUGGUUUGGGACAUGUCCAUAGUGUAUUAAUGUGUGUGGUUUGGGACAUGUCCAUAGUGAAUAAUGUAUGUGGUUUGGGACAUGUCCAUAGUGAAUAAUUUGUGUGGUUUGGGACAUGUCCAUAGUGAAUAAUUUGUGUGGUUUGGGACAUGUCCAUAGUGUAUUAAUGUGUGUGGUUUGGGACAUGUCCAUAGUGAAUAAUGUGUGUGGUUUGGGACGUGUCCAUAGUGAAUAAUGUGUGUGGUUUGGGACAUGUCCAUAGUGUAUUAAUGAUGGUGUUGGCUUGGUGUAGUGAACAGAGUGUGUGGUUUGGACCAGGGCCACAGCAUUGAUGUUGCCCUUGUGGUUAUGAUGGUAUGUGGACCAAUGAUGAUAAGGUGUUUAUUGAUAGGUUUCGAAGGUUCUCUGAGUCCCUGAUCUAGCAUGAACUAGGUGAACUAGCAUGAGGGUGUGUUUUUGACUCCAAAGCUCUUCUGUAUAUGGUUCUGGAAAAGGGCGUCCGCUAAAUUCUGGAAACAUUUACUCAGACAUUAGUUUCAGCAGUACCUGUGCUCUUCUGACUCUUUUCUGCAGUCCUCGUGUUGACCGGAACUAGGCGCUAUGCUCUUCGACUCUUUUCUGCAUCCCUCGUGUUGACCGGAAGUGGGCGCUGUGCUUUUCUGACUCCUUUCUUCAGUGCCCUUGUUGACCGGAAGUGGGCGCUGUGCGCUUCAGACUCCUUUCUGCAGUCCUCGUGUUGACCGGAAGUGGGCGCCAUGUUCCGGUGCGUGGACCGUGCGAGCGCGCGGCUCUUCUCGGGGGCCAGAGUGUGUGUGAGGAUGGCAGCGGCAGCGGUGGCGGUGGCGGAGGCAGCUCGCGCGUUGGACGAGUCCUCGGACAGCGACGCGGAGCACGAACCCGGCGCGCCGCAGAAACUCAUCCGCAAAGUGUCCACUUCCGGUCAAAUCCGCAGUAAGACGGUGCUGAAAGAGGGGAAGCUGAUGAAACAGACGAACUCAUUUCAGCGCUGGAAGAGACGCUACUUCAAACUGCGUGGGAGAACACUGUACUAUGCUCAGACUGCUAAGUCGAUCAUCUUUGACGAGGUGGAUUUGACUGACGCCAGCGUGGCCGAGUCCAGCACCAAGAACGUCAACAACAGCUUCACCAUUAUCACUCCGUGCAGGAGAUUGAUUCUUUGUGCUGAGAACAGGAAGGAGAUGGAGGAGUGGAUGGCAGCUCUGAGGAGUGUACAGAGCAGAGAGCACUUUGAGUCUUCUCAGUACAGUAUGGACCAUUUCUCCGGGAUGCAUAACUGGUUCUCGUGCUCGCACGCUCGACCCACGUACUGCAACGUCUGCAGGGAAGCGCUGAGUGGAGUGACAUCACAUGGCCUCUCUUGUGAAGUGUGUAAGUUUAAGGCCCAUAAACGCUGUGCUGUCAGAGCCACUAAUAACUGCAAAUGGACGACUCUCGCGUCCAUCGGGAAGGACAUCAUCGAGGAUGAGGACGGGAUCUCCAUGCCCCAUCAGUGGUUGGAAGGAAACUUGCCUGUCAGUGCAAAGUGCAGUGUGUGUGAUAAAACGUGUGGCAGUGUUCUCCGAUUACAAGACUGGCGCUGCCUUUGGUGUAAAGCCAUGGUGCACGCAGCGUGUAAGGAUCAGCUCUCUAAUAAAUGUCCACUCGGUCAGUGUAAAGUGUCAGUGAUCCCGCCUACUGCUCUCAACAGCAUCGACUCAGACGGGUUCUGGAAAGCAACAUGCCCCCCCUCCUGCUCCAGCCCCCUGCUGGUGUUUGUGAACAGUAAGAGUGGAGAUAAUCAGGGUGUGAAGUUCCUGCGCAGGUUCAAGCAGCUGCUCAACCCGGCCCAGGUGUUCGACCUGAUGAACGGAGGACCUCAUCUGGGUCUGCGUCUUUUUCAGAAGUUCGAUACAUUCCGUAUCCUGGUGUGUGGAGGAGAUGGCAGUGUGGGCUGGGUUCUGUCCGAGAUAGACACACUGACGCUGCACAAACAGUGUCAGCUUGGUGUUUUGCCACUGGGAACUGGAAAUGACCUGGCCAGAGUUCUGGGCUGGGGGUCGGCGUGUGACGAUGACACUCAGCUUCCUCAGAUCCUCGAGAAGCUUGAAAGAGCCAGCACCAAGAUGCUUGACAGAUGGAGCAUCAUGGUGUAUGAGACGAAGUUUCCACGGCAACACUCAAGCUCCACGGUAACCGAGGACUGCAGCGAUGAUUCAGAGGUGCAGCACAUUCUGACCUACGAGGAUUCGGUCGCGGCUCACCUGUCCAAGAUCCUCACUUCGGAUCAGCACUCUGUAGUGAUCAACUCGGCCAAGGUUUUGUGUGAAACGGUGAAGGACUUCGUGGCUAAAGUGGGUCGGGCGUACGAGAAGAACACCGAGAACUCUGAGGAAUCGGAGACCAUGGCCAAAAAGUGCGGUGUCUUAAAGGAGAAGCUGGACUCGUUGUUAAAGACAUUGAGCGAGGAAGCUCAAGCUUCCGUCGUCACGCCGACGCCGACGCCCACCAUCGCAGAGGAGCAGGAAGAAGGGGAGUCACAAGUUCCCCAGUCCAUGCCUAUGGUCAAACUCACAGUCCCGCCUCCUUGUUCACCCCGCCCACCUGCUGCCAUCUUUAAACCCAGAGAGCAGCUGAUGCUGAGAGCCAACAGCUUGAAAAAGGCCAUCAGACAGAUUAUAGAGCACACGGAGAAAGCGGUGGACGAACAGAACGCUCAGACGGAUGAAAUGUUCGGCACGGUGUCUCCCGAGGAGGAGGAAGAAGAGGAGGAGGAGGAGGAGGAGGAAGAUCAGGAGUCUCUGAGAUCCUACAGCACCAGAGCACAGCAUCUCAGGAGAGUGUGUAAGGCUCCAUGUGAGAAGCUCAUCGCUAAAGGCAGCUUAUCAGUGGGCAGCUCUGCAUCACUUCCUGCUCAGACAGGAAGUCGAGAAAACAUUCUGAAUGCCAAGAUUCUGUACCCAGCAGGGAUGUCCGGCACUCUCCCUAGCAGUUCGGUUAUCAGCAGGCUGCUAGUGAAUGCCGACCCCUUCAGCUGUGACCCGGAGAACCUGGAGUGUUACACAGAAAAGUGUGUGAUGAAUAAUUACUUCGGAAUCGGACUGGACGCCAAAAUCUCACUGGACUUCAAUAACAAGAGGGACGAACAUCCAGAGAAGUGCAGGAGCCGUACUAAGAACAUGAUGUGGUACGGGGUUCUGGGGACCAAAGAGCUUCUUCACAGAACUUACAGAAACCUGGAGCAGAGAGUACUGCUGGAGUGUGAUGGACGGCCCAUUCCUCUGCCCAGUCUUCAGGGCAUUGCUGUGCUGAACAUUCCCAGUUACGCUGGAGGAACAAACUUUUGGGGAGGGACCAAAGAGGAUGAUACGUUCACUGCUCCGUCGUUUGAUGACAAGAUUCUGGAGGUGGUCGCUGUGUUUGGCAGCAUGCAGAUGGCUGUGUCUCGAGUCAUCAACCUACAACAUCAUCGAAUAGCUCAGUGUCGUACAGUGAAGAUCACCAUCCUCGGUGAUGAAGGUGUUCCUGUGCAGGUGGAUGGAGAAGCAUGGAUCCAACCACCUGGAUUCAUCAGGAUCCUACACAAGAACCGCACACAGACACUGACCAGAGACAGGGCAUUUGAAAAUACUCUGAAAUCAUGGGAAGACAAGCAAAAGUGUGAUUUUACACGGCCAGUAUCCCAGCAUGCAGUGCAGCCUGAGAUCAUCACUGAGGACGAAACGGCUCAGAUCAGUGUGUUUGGGCAGAGUGCAGGAGCUCUAAUACACAGCAUUAGGGAGAUUGCUCAGUCUCACCCCAGUAUGGAGCAGGAAUUAGCGCACGCUGUCAAUGCCAGCUCUAAAGCCAUGGACACCGUGUAUGCCAACUCCAAGAACAACACGGGCCUGACUUGCAGUGUAGUGCUACAGAUGGUCAGUAAUGUGAAAGCCCUGCACAGUGAGACGGAGCUCUUGCUGACAGGAAAGAUGUGCUUGCAGUUGGACCCGCCUCAGAAGGAGCAGCUGGUCGCCGCUUUAGCGACCGUCGCCCUGCAGCAGCGCAGACUCAUGGAAAUCAGCUGGAUUAGCGCGUUCAUCGACCCGACGGACGAUGAGGGACAGUCUUUGGACUUCGCCAAGCGUAGUCGAAGUGCCAAAUUCCGCCUUGUCCCCAAAUUUAAGAGGGACAAGAACAACAAGAACAGGGAGAUGUGCACCACUCUCAACAUGCCUGUGAAUCAGUGGGGAGUGGAAGAAGUGGCGUGCUGGUUGGAGCAGCUGUGUCUGUCAGAGUAUAAAGAGAUCUUCAUCAGGCACGACGUACGUGGACCAGAACUGGUGCACCUUGAAAGGAGAGACCUGAAGGACUUGGGUGUAACGAAGGUCGGCCACAUGAAGCGGAUCCUGCAGGGAAUCAGAGAUCUGAAUCGCAACAGCACGGCCAGCGAGGCUUAGACUCCAGCGAGGCUUAGGCCAAGCCAAGCCAAUCCAAUCACACACUCCGAGGGGUGGGACCAGUCUCAGCACAGCCAAUCAGCUCAGAGGGACCAGUGCAGUGAUGUCACUCAAAUCAGCGCUCAGCACAGUGCCUUCAUUUCACAUUUGUGACAUCAGCGUUGAGGAGAAACCUCUACUGCCAGCCUGUGUGUGUGUGUGUGUGUGUGUGUGUGUGUGUGUGUGUGUGUGUGUUAGAAGGAGCAAGGGAGUGGUAAACAAGAGCCAUCAGUAAUCAAAGGGCUACAGAUUUAUGAGCGUGAAAUGAGACACUGUGCUGUUAUAAUUAGCCACAACAAAUCAGGAAAUAUUUUUCAGGAAACCAUGCUGUUUGAAUUUAAAUAGCUUUAUUUAAAACUAUAGCUUUUUAUUCACUUUGCCUAACCUGACCACACUGUGUCAUGACAAUCAGUCAAGUAAUGAUCAAGUGAGAAAUAUUCUGGUCCAACAGAUACAACCAUAAUCUACCUGUGUGUGUGUGUGUGUGUGUGUGUGUGCGCGCGCGUGUGAACUACACUACUCAGCAAAAGAAAUCACAUAAUUCACGUUUCAUUUAGAGAAACACGAACGUUGUGCCGCGACUUCAUGAAGUCAAAGCUGUCGGAAAUUCACGCCAAGAACUGGCUUCUGACGUGGAAAUUCGUCAUCGCCACGUGACUUACUUUCAACAACACGUCAGGAGCAGUCGCUAUUACAACCCAGUGUCAUAGAAAGUGUUCGUUUCCAUCGAACACAGAACUCGGUUAUAAAAGAUCUGCAAUGAAAUUAAAUAUAAACUAUAAAUCAAUUCCAUCUGUGAUCAGUGCGUUUAGUCACCGUACGCCGUACUUCAACAGCCCGAUUAACACAAUUCUCAUUAAACAUGACUGCUCAGAGGUGUGUGUGUGUGUGUGAGAGAGAGUGUGAGAGAGAGAGAUUAGCCAUAUCAUUACGUUCCGUAGUGUUUGCGUUAAAUAUUUAUUAAGCUCUGUGUGUUUUGUACAAAGCUGUAUGAGUGUACAUACAUUCCUCAUGUACAAACGGUCUGUAUUAAACCAGCGCUGAGUUACA